GCAGAGGACUAGAGGUGGUUUUGUCCUACUUCAUCGCUAGGUGGCGAUAUAGGCCUUCUAGAGCCCUUGUUUACAACUUGUCUUGCGCACGCGCACCUGGGGGACAAACACGUGGGCGGGGGUCAAGAAGGAAGCAAACUUGCUGGCACUCGUUAACAUUUUAAUGCGGAUUCUAACAAAGAAAGCAUAUUUGUGGAAUUGGCCAAGGGGACACGAUUGUAACCAUAAUAGAAUGCGGCGCGCUGGCAAAGUGGAGGGACCUGCAACUUACGAACGUGUUGUGUACAAAAACGCAUCAGUAUACCACUAUAUGAGGAUCUCCUUAGAAUUGGAAAAUGAAAGCACCAGACUCAGUGCGGUCCAACUGAAGCAGCUGAUCAUCACUGGCCUCAGAGAUUUGUAUGGAGAGGUUGGAGCAGCAUCACCUUUUGACCUGUUGAAAUUUGAUGAGAAGACAUUAACUGCAGUGCUUCGUGUUUGCAACAGUGGCUUUGUGAAGCUGUGGAGUGCCCUGACGUUUCUGGGAUUCUAUAAGAAUGAACAGUGUGCUUUCAGAAUCCUUCAGGUGUCUCCUUUCCUGCUAGCUCUGUCUGGAAACAGUCGUGAACUAAUUCUGUAAUCGGGAAUCUGGGUGGAAGAAGAACACUUGGAGAGGAACCAAAAUGCAAAGAAUGAACAGUAUUUGGAGAAAUGUCAUAUCCA